GUGAAUUGUACUGUAAUGUACUGUAAAUGUGUUUGUUUCCACUGUGAAUCAAUAGAAAUUGGUUUCAGUGUCCCAGAUUAUGAAUUUCACUGGAUGAAGAAAUCUUGUACAGAUUGUUUUAAAAAGAAUAAUGCUAUUGUUUAGUCCAUGCUAUCACAUGAGAUUGUAGGUAGAAUGUGUGCAUACAGUAUGUUUGUGUGUUUUGUGUGAAUGUGCUUUUUAUAUUAAAUGCUGGAUUAUUCAUGUGAAGACUGAUAAUGGAAGCCUGUCAUGAUUGUAUUAUGUUGUAAAACUGAAUUAAAUUUUCUACUGCUUUUUGUUCUGUGAAACUUUGUGAAACAAUCAAUGAAGAUCCUCAGGUUAUGAUCAUUAUAAGCUGAUUUAGAACGGCAGUGUUACAACAAUGAUUAACAGAAGUAGGAAAAAGGAUGUUAUGUGAUCAUUUUGGACUCCAGCUAAGAGAUAGCCUUUACAUGUAUUCAUAGAAGUGCGUUAAAAAGACGAGGAUAACUGUCAUGACAGUUAGGUACUACUCACACUAUUCUCUCGGGGAUGUGGUUGGUGUGAGCAUGCGCAGUGAGAAAACAUUGGGACUCCAUUCCAGUCUGUCACUGAGGGUUCCCUGAGCCUCGCAUCUUUGAACAGCUGUCUGCUUUGAUAACUUCACCUGCUUUGCAAACAAAAAACUACUCACAAUGAGCGGAGACCAUGGAGAAGGCGACUCUCAGGUCAAUUCUGGAUCCAAAGGAAGCGAGACUCACAAACAUAAAGACAAGCACAGAGACAAGGAGCACAGACACAAAGACCACAAGAAAGACAAGGACAAGGAACGGGAGAAAAUAAAGCGCAGCAAUAGUGAACAUAAGGACCACUCUGAGAAGAAACACAAAGACAAAGAGAAGCUGAAGCACAGCGACGGCGGCUCAGACAAGCACAGCGAAAAACACAAAGAGAAAGACAGGGACAAAGAGAAGAGGAGAGAAGAGAAGAUUAAAUCAUCCCAUGGAGACAAGCCCAAAAAGGAGAAAGAAAAUGGAUAUGUAAGAGAGACAAGCCCUGCUGCCAUUAAGAGCGAGCCAGAAGAAGACAACGGCUUCUACCAUUCACCCCAACACAAGACCUCCAAACGAGAAUAUGAUGAUGAAGAGUUUGAAUACAAGCCCAAAAAAGUCAAGACGGAACAAGAUAAAAAGGCCAAGAAAAGAAAACAUGAGUAUGAAGAGGACGAGGAUGAUGAGGACAACAAGCCCAAAAAGAAGUCAAAAGACAAAAAAGUAACAGAGGGAAAGAAAUCCAAAAAAGAAGAGGAGGAAAAGUGGAAAUGGUGGGAGGAGGAAAGAUACACUGAUGGCUCUAAAUGGCGCUUCCUUGAGCAUAAGGGUCCAGUGUUCGCACCUCCGUAUGAACCCUUGCCUGACAAAGUGAAAUUUUACUAUGAUGGUAAGCCUAUGAAACUUAGUGCCCCAGCUGAAGAAGUCGCCACGUUUUUUGCCAAGAUGUUGGACCACGAGUACACCACAAAAGACAUCUUCAGGAAGAACUUCUAUAAAGACUGGAGAAAGGAAAUGACAUCAGAGGAGAAGUCAAAACUCACCGACCUGAACAAGUGCAAUUUUAGUGAGAUGAGCGAGUACUUCAAGGCACAAUCAGAAGCAAGGAAACAGAUGUCAAAAGAGGAGAAACAGAAAAUCAAAGAAGAGAACGAGAGACUGCUCCAGGAGUACGGUUUCUGCAUCAUGGACAACCACAAAGAGAGGAUUGGAAACUUCCGCAUCGAGCCACCAGGCCUCUUCCGUGGACGAGGGGAUCAUCCGAAGAUGGGCAUGCUGAAACGACGCAUCAGACCUGAGGACAUCAUCAUUAACUGUAGCAAGGACUCCAAGCAUCCAAAACCUCCUCAGGGGACAAAAUGGAAGGAAGUCCGCCAUGACAACAAGGUCACCUGGCUGGCAUCUUGGACCGAGAAUAUCCAAGGCUCCAUUAAGUACAUCAUGCUGAAUCCUAGCUCCAGGAUCAAGGGGGAGAAAGAUUGGCAGAAAUAUGAGACUGCACGGCGGUUAAAGAAGUGUGUGGAUCGCAUACGUGCCCAGUAUAGAGAGGACUGGAAAUCCAAAGAGAUGAGGAUCAGGCAGAGAGCUGUUGCACUAUAUUUCAUUGACAAGCUUGCACUGAGGGCAGGUAAUGAAAAGGAGGAAGGGGAGACGGCCGACACAGUCGGUUGCUGCUCGCUGCGGGUAGAGCACAUCAAACUGUAUCCCAAACUGGACGAUCAGGAGUAUGUGGUGGAGUUUGACUUCUUGGGGAAGGACUCAAUCCGCUACUACAAUAAGAUCCCUGUGGAGAAGAGGGUCUUCAAAAAUCUGCAGCUGUUUCUGGAAAAUAAGCAGCCUGAAGAUGAUCUCUUUGACAGACUAAAUACGUCUAUUCUGAACAAGCACUUACAGGAGCUGAUGGAUGGCCUGACAGCAAAGGUGUUUCGUACCUACAACGCCUCCAUCACCCUGCAGCAACAACUCAAGGAACUUUCGUGCUCUGAUGACAGCAUCCCAGCCAAAAUCCUGUCAUACAACCGAGCCAAUCGCGCAGUGGCAAUCCUCUGUAACCACCAGAGAGCUCCUCCCAAAACAUUUGAGAAGUCUAUGCAGAACCUUCAGACCAAGAUUGACGAGAAGCAGAGUCAACUUUCAGCAGCCAAGAAGCAGCUGAAGGCUGCUAAGUCUGAUCACAAGGCCUCCCAUGAUGACAAGAGCAAAAAAGCAGUGGAGAUGAAGCGUAAAGCGGUCCAAAGGAUAGAGGAGCAGCUGAUGAAACUCCAAGUGCAGGCCACAGACCGAGAAGAGAACAAGCAGAUCGCUUUGGGCACUUCCAAGCUCAACUACCUGGAUCCACGCAUCUCAGUUGCAUGGUGUAAAAAAUGGGGAGUUCCCAUUGAGAAGAUCUACAACAAAACCCAGAGAGAGAAGUUUGCCUGGGCUAUUGACAUGGCUGACAAGGACUAUGAGUUUUAAACACACUCCACGCUUGACCUUUUCUAUCCAUGCCUUUGAUUGUAAAGGUGGUUUGUAGUUGAUGUCAAAUGAUUCCACUGUGUGGUUACUGCAGGGCUGUGAAGGAAGAACUUCAUCAGAGCUGUGAUCACGGACUAAUAAUUGUGCUGUAUAUAUGGUUUGACUGUGUAAAUAUGAAUUUAACUCCUGACCCAUUUGACCCACCUGCAGAAAAAUUAAAUUAAAUUACAGUAGUGUUUAUGUAGCUGCAGCUUUCUGCCCAUGAUCAAACAAUAAUGAAAACAGUGCUAUCAUGUUUUCUUAAGAUAUGACUGUAAUGAGAUUUGUAAGCCAUCAGAUAAUUGAGAAAUUCUAUAUUCUCAUAGAAUAAUGAAUUGUUUGUGUGGGAGACUGUGAGGAACAUCAUGAGUGAUAACAAGAUGAAUUUUAAUUGGUUGGAUUUCAGUGUGAUAGAUUGAUAUAAUCAAAUGAGCCUGUUAGACUGUUGACCGUGUGAAAAAUAGAAACCCUAGCACUAUGCCCAUAAAUUUAUUAGCAUACAGAAUGUCAUCUUGUUUUUCCGUUUAUUUAAUUUUGCUGUUUAUUUCAGGGAUGUACAUAUUUUGUUAUAUUUCCUUUAAAAGGGUGUUAUUUUCAUGUAUGUCUUAUGCAUUUUCAACACGAAGCUCUUCAUUGCCCAUAUGCAAUUCCAGUGUCUGUUUCCACAGCUUUGCAAUGGACAAGACGUGACAUUCCUCUUUGUUACUUGAAAAAAACUUUAAAUAUUGCCUAAUGUGUUGUGUGUAAGAGCCAAAAGAGUC